UUAUAAAAUUAAUUUUAAAAAUGUUUUAUUGUAUUUAUUUUAGCUUGUUGCCAUAAAUUGGACUGGAGGCAUAAAUAUUAAGGUAUAAUCUCAUGAAUCCAAGGUGACUAAAUGAUACAUAAAUUGGACUGGAGGCAUAAAUAUUAAGGUAUAAUCUCAUGAAUCCAAGGUGACUAAAUGAUACAUGAUGGCAAAGAAACGUUAAAAGAAGAUUAAAGCUUUCUCUUUCAAAAUGUUUUUGUAUUCAUUAGAAAUAAACUCUAUUUUUUGAAUGGUAUACAAGGUUUCUGUCUUUUUCUUUUAGUAUUUAAAAAGCGUUUUAAAAAUAUUUUAUUAUAUGAAUAUAACUGUUGUGGGUAUUUGUUUUAAAAGUUUUUUUACAGUUUUUAUUUAUUCAUUUAUUUUUUUCAUUUUUCCAUUUUAAAAAGACCUUAGUGGUAUGAAUUUGGUUAUACUGCCCCCGUGUGUCAAACAUCCGGUAUCAGCUCCCUAACGUCAUUUCCGGUUGAAUUACGAAAACCGGAAAGGAGGUUCUUUUGUUUUGAAGGAGGAAAUUUUAAAAUCGGACGUCGUUAAAGUAAACACAGAAAUGAACGGAGCAACUUUUACUCGGGUUAAGAUGAGCAACGAGUGACUUUUUUCGACAGUAGGUCAGAUCGGGUUGGUUUGAGCAUGGGGAGGACGAGGAGGUCGAAGGAAAUCCCUGUCCCGCAGGGCUGCUGUGUGCUGUGCAGAAUCAGUGAUGACGACCCAGCCUUGUUGGGGGAAAAGCUCACCCUCAAACAGCAUAACCUCACCGUCCACUACCUCUGCUUGCUGACGUCCUGUGGGGUUUACCAGAGAGGGAAAGAAGACGAGGGGAUCAUGGGUUUCCUGGUGGAAGACAUCAGGAAGGAGGUGCGCAGGUCUUCCUUUCUGACGUGUUUCUCCUGUAAGAAGAAGGGAGCGUGUGUCGGCUGCAACAUCAGAACCUGCAGAAAGAUGGUCCACUUCCCCUGUGGGAGGAAACUCAACUUCAUAUCUCAGUUUACUGAACCGUUUCCGUCGUACUGCAAGACGCACGCUCCCUCCCAGAUUCUGAAUGUGGACCCAAACAUCAGCCUGCCUCAGUCCUGCUCCGUCUGUUUGGACUCCUUAGACCCGGUUCUGUCCUACUCCGUCCUGAAGUGUCCGUCCUGCCACACCAGCUGGUUCCACAGAGAGUGUGUGCAGCGUCAGGCCUUCAGCGCCGGCCUCUUCUUCUUCAAAUGCACUCUGUGCAACAACAAGGACCGCUUCCAGCAGGAGAUGCUGAAGAUGGGGAUCCACAUCCCAGAGAGAGAUGCUUCAUGGGAGUUGGAGGCCAACGCGUAUUCAGAUCUUCUGGAGGUUUACGAGAACUGCGACUCUCCGUCCUGCCUGUGCGAACACGGACGCUCGCACUCCGACAGCGCCGGCUGGUUCGAGGUUGUCCGCUGCAUCCUGUGUGGAUCUAAAGGGACCCACCGGAAGUGUUCCGGACUGAAUGUGAACACCACGGACUGGGCCUGCGCCGACUGCACUCAGGCCACGGACGGGAAAGCCUCUUUGGUGACUUCACCCCAGGUGGCUCAGAGGAAAAGUCUGGGAUUAAAACGCCACCUCUCCUCCAUGCACUCCCCCAUCAGCUGUAAAAGACCGAUUUUAUCUGAGAAAUCUGGAUCGCCUGAGGAGCUUCUUCGGUCUUUAGGGCCUCAGCUCCAUCCUGGCAUCGUGCAGGUGGAGGUGGACGGGGACCAGGCUUUGUCUGCCGGUCUGGACCUGGUCAGGAGAGCAGACUUUAACGCUACACACUUACUGUCUGUCAAGUUCAAAAACGUGCAGCAGCCCCCCAGCAUCGUGCAGGACACUAACGCAGCCCGACAGUACUUCCUGAAGCUGCUGCACCAGCAGAUCCAGGACUCCGUGGUGUUUGAGGGUCCGUGUGGAUCCAAGAACCUGGCUCUGGACGCUCAGGCGCUCCGUGAUGACCUGUACUUUGACGUGGGCUGCCUGCUGGCUCUGUGUUUGGUUUACGGCGGCCCGUUUCUUGGUUUCUUUUCCCCCGGCCUUUACCAGUGUCUGUUCAACUACCCGCCAAACUGCCCCCUCACUGUCAGUCACAUGACCCCCCAGAGCCACUUCACCCAGCAGGUCACCCGGAUUUCAGAGGCCAAGUCGUUGGAGGAGCUGCGAGGCGUCCUGGAGGAGAGCUGGGAGUUCCUGCAGCUGGCCGGCUGCAGCCGACCCGUCAACGACUUGGAGGACAAGCAGAGCCUGGUGGAGGACCUGGUCAGCUUCACCAUGAUCACCAGGAUGCAGCUGCCCCUGCAGAGGUUCCGGGAGGGUCUGCAGACUCUGGGGGUCUUUAAACAGGUCCAGCUCUUCCCGUCUGUGUUUUACAACAAUUUCUGUGAAGCUACGGUUCACCUGACGGCUCAGGCGCUCGCCCAGCUCUUCAGCGUCCGCUACUCCAAGCAGGAGGACAAACUGACCCAAGAGUUGGUCGUGGUCACCUUCUGGAGGCACCUCCUGCUGGAGUGUGAAGUUGGACGGAGCUCCAUCUCCCUGCAGGACAUCUUUCGUUACUCCACUGGCGCAGAGGAGCUGCCAGCAGCCGGCCUCCUACCCCCUCCCUCCAUCUCCUUCCUUCACCAUCCAGAAUCUACAGAGUCCAAAACGGAGGAGAAAUGGAGCGAUGAAGGUCUGUUCCCCCAGAGCAGACCAGAGUCCGGGAGCCUCCUCCUGCCCGUCACCUCCACCUACAAAGCAUUUAAGAGCUGCAUGGAGCAGGCCAUCAGCCACCACAUCCACCUCCUGCCAGCAUAGACUAAGAGUUUAAAACACGUUUUUUAAGAAAAGAGGAAAUGUUCUCUGUGUGUUUUCGGGCUGAUGGAACAUCUGGAGAUGUUCUUCUGCUCACCUGUUUAAGUCAAAGCAGCUUAGAUCAGUCCAGAUGCAGUGGAGCCGGUUCAUCUUUUUUGGAACUUUUUUCCUCCAAUUAAAAAUAAUCUAAUUAUUUUGUAUUUUACUGUUCUAUCAUUGAGUUUGUGACAACAUUUAUGAAUUUUUCUAUUUCUUUUAAAAUGUGCUACUCCAUGUUUUUAAGCUCUUAAACGUCAAGCUCUGAAGAAAGGCUAUUAAAAAAAAAUCUUCUAAUAGAGAAGUUCGGUGCUUCAUACUUUUAUUUUGUACUUUUAAUCUGAUUUCAAUGUUGUAUCCUUCUGUUUGUCACUUUUCUGUCGUUCUUUUGUAUGUUUUCAAGUGUAAAACCUUAAGAAACAAAGGUUUUUUUUUCUUAACUGAAA